AUCGUCGGGGUGAUCCUGAGAUAUGGCACUCCUGCCACCAGUGGCCGUGACAAAUCCCUCAGCUGCACUCAGGAAGACAGGGCCUUCAGCACCUUAUUAGUGAAUGUCAGUGGGAAGUUCUUCGAAUACACCCUGAAAGGAGAGAUCAGCCCUGGCAAGAUCAACAGUGUAGAGCAGAAUGACAUGCUGAGAAAGGUAACAUUUGAUCCAGAGGUGUUUUUUAAUAUUCUACUGCCUCCAAUUAUUUUCCAUGCUGGAUACAGUUUAAAGAAGAGACACUUUUUCAGAAAUCUUGGGUCUAUUCUGGCCUAUGCCUUCUUGGGGACUGCUGUUUCCUGCUUCAUUAUCGGAAAUCUCAUGUAUGGUGUAGUGAAGCUCAUGAAGAUUGUGGGACAGCUCUCAGAUAAAUUCUAUUACACGGAUUGUCUCUUUUUUGGAGCAAUUAUCUCUGCCACUGACCCAGUGACUGUACUGGCGAUAUUUAAUGAAUUGCAUGCAGACGUGGACCUUUAUGCACUUCUGUUUGGAGAAAGUGUCCUAAAUGAUGCUGUUGCCAUUGUUCUCUCCUCGUCUAUUGUUGCCUACCAGCCAGCAGGGCUGAACACACACGCCUUUGAUGCUGCUGCCUUUUUUAAGUCAGUUGGCAUUUUUCUAGGUAUAUUUAGUGGCUCUUUUACCAUGGGAGCUGUGACCGGUGUUGUGACUGCUCUAGUUACCAAGUUUACCAAGCUGCACUGCUUCCCCCUGCUGGAGACAGCACUCUUCUUCCUCAUGUCCUGGAGCACGUUUCUCUUAGCCGAAGCCUGUGGGUUUACAGGUGUUGUGGCUGUACUUUUCUGUGGAAUCACACAAGCUCAUUACACUUACAACAAUCUAUCAGUAGAAUCAAGAAGUCGAACCAAGCAGCUUUUUGAGGUGUUGCACUUCCUGGCAGAGAACUUCAUCUUCUCCUAUAUGGGCUUGGCGCUGUUUACCUUCCAGAAGCAUGUUUUCAGCCCCAUUUUCAUCAUUGGAGCUUUUGUUGCCAUCUUCCUGGGCAGAGCUGCACAUAUCUACCCGCUCUCCUUCUUCCUCAACUUGGGCAGAAGGCAUAAGAUUGGCUGGAAUUUUCAACACAUGAUGAUGUUUUCAGGUAAAAAUAAAAAGUAUAAAUGUAAAGAAAAUGAGUUUUAUACAGCAGACAAUGAUAGUAUGAUUAAAAUUGUGAUGGUCUAUUCUUUGAUGGACAUGGUCCAAGACAUGUCCCCAGAGCUCCUGGCUCUCCUGGUGUCCCUGGUGCACUCACUUUCCCUUCUUGUGCUGCCCAGAGUUGGCGUUGAGGAGCACUCCGAAGAGGACCAGAAUGAACACCGCUGGCGGUACUUCAGAGUUGGUGUUGACCCAGAUCAAGACCCACCACCCAACAAUGACAGCUUUCAAGUCUUACAAGGGGAUGGUCCAGAUUCUGCCAGAGGAAACCGAACAAAGCAGGAGAGUGCAUGGAUAUUCAGGCUGUGGUACAGCUUUGACCACAAUUACUUGAAGCCCAUCCUCACGCACAGUGGCCCUCCAUUAACCACUACUCUCCCAGCCUGGUGUGGCUUGCUGGCUGGAUGUCUGACCAGUCCCCAGGUGUAUGACCUCUCUUUCCAACAAUUCCUAAAGCCUUCUACCUUACUGAAUUUUAAUAAGGUUGUGACACAUUUGAAAUCAGAGCUGCUUUCUGGUAUUCUAACUCCUGGUUCAGGCAAAACCAAAACCAAAACCAAAGAAAUGCUGGAACAAGACCUGGGAGUGGAGGACCAAAAGGUUUCAAGUCGUGGAACCCGCCUGGUGUUUCCUCUGGAGGAUAAUGCAUGA